AUGCGCGGCUCCAGCGCGUUCCGGGCCGAUGAGGGCGAGGAGGACGAGCAGCAGCAGCAGAUGGAGGAGGAGCAGGCAGCAGCAGCCAUAGCGGAGGAGCAGGCCGGGCACACGACCCACAUUGCCGGCUUGAUCUACGCGCGGGGGAUGAUGGAGCAGGUGGGCGUGGUGGCGGAAAAGAGGCUGCUGUUCCGCGCUUCUAGCACCGACUGGCACCGCUUUUUGGGCUUCCAGUCGGCUUUCAAGCGUGAGGAGCCGGCGCUGAGGAAGAGAAAGCGCUGCACGUUCGAGGAUGAUGCGGACGAGGAGCGGCUGGACCGGUGGGCACGGCUGAAAAAAGGCAACGCGAAGGAGCAGCUGAAGAAGCUGAUGGGCAAGGAGUGUUGA